AGGGACCGGAUUUCGUCCCGUUACUGUACGGACACGGAUUUCAAUCCGUGAUGUACUGUAACCGUUGGAUGGGUAGUUAAUUUGAUCCAACGGUUGGGGUUCAUGUAGGGGUUCAUGUAGGGGUAAUUAGGUAUCAAAAAAUGGCUACCGGUUACUUUUUUUGAAAUUUAAAUUUAUUAAAAAUGGAAAAGUGAAAAGUGACAUCUAUCCAUCAAUCAAGUCUAAUCAACCGUCGUACUCCUCCACUCCUCCACUUCUUCACUUCCAUUUUCUUUCAUUGUUCUAUUUAUCAUUCGUUUUUCCAUUUUCGUCUCUGCUAGGGCAAAGUUCUUCCUCUUCCAUUUUCUUUUCAUUUUCCAUUUUGUUUUUCCAUUUUCUAUUUUCGUUUGAGGUAGUAAAAACCAUAUUGUACAUUGUGGUGACUGUGGUGUACAUUACUCGAAGUGCCAUUGUUGGAGUUGUUAGAGGGGGGUGUCGACGGUGAGUUAUACAUUACUCUGUUCUACUUUACAUACAUUUUCUUAUUGACAGAAAAAAAAAAUAUAUUUUUGAAGGGAAUGUGGUGUUUUUCCAUUUUCGUGUACUUAAUAGUUUCAUUUUGUCUCAGGUGUGGAGGUUGAGGUGGUGAAGGGAGUUUGCAUAUCUUUGUCGAGGUUUAUAAAAUGGUAUUUAAACGGAAGAGGGGGGCUGCUGCAGACAAAAAGGAUGCAGCAGAGAUAAAGAAGAAGGAUCCGAAGGAAGCUUGGCCGAAGUACUACCAAGCCAAUUUCUAUGCUUAUGCUGAUGCACACAAAGAGAAACCUAAAGCAGAUGUGCUUCGUAGUUUUAAGGAGCAAUUCAAGCUUCUUACCGAUGAAGAGAUUGAGAAUUGGGCUGCAUACGAAGUCGAGGCUUCCCCCUCCAAGGUUGGUGGUAGAGGGAAAGGGAAGAAGGUGAAGGAGACAUUAUCUGCUGAGCCAGGGAUUGACAACAACGAAGGUGUGGGGGACGUUCAAGUUUCUGGUCGUUGCUCAUUCGAGCGUUUGGGGAGAAUAGUCCCACUGCUGAACGAGGCUCAAAAGGAAAUGGUGAGAAAUGCCGGUUUCUCAACAUUUUUAAGGGAGGAUGCCCCGUACAUAGACGCUAAGAUAGUUAGUUGGCUGAUCGAUCACGUGGAUCCAACCACUUCUCGGCUGGAGAUAUUUGGAAGAACAAUCCAACUAUCCGCCAAGCUGUUUGAGGAUGUCAUGGGAAUCCGGGAUGGCGGAGAACCCGUGGCAACCGAAAGUGAGCGUGACCUGGUUGAGUUUGACGUCCUCUUCAAGGCCAAGGACUAUAGGUAUUCCCUGACUUUGCUGGAGAAUGAGCUCAGGGAAACCAGCGACAGUGACUACCUGUUUCUCAUUAAGUUUCUCCUUGUCUGUAUUGGAACUGUGUUGCUGCCGAAGAAUGGUACCGAGGUCAGCACUAGCUACAUGCAUUCUUUAGUUGACAUAAGGUCAAUUAAGAAGAAGAAUUGGGCGACUGCCGGAUAUCGAUAUCUAAUGAGCUCUCUACACCGGUACAAGACGAAGAACACCAAAAAUGUCUCCGGUUGCACGAUAUUUUUACAGCUUGUAUAUUUGACGCACGUAGACUGGACUGCUACUCACGUGGACCGAACUGUGGCUCCAAUUGACUUUUGGACCACAAAACACUGCAAGUCAGUGUACAAGUGGAUUCGAGACCAGGGUGGUCACACAAGUGGAAAGGUGAAGUUGACUAACACGUAUGUGUUACUGCCAAGUUUUGAAUCCGCUGCAGUUGGGCAACCCACAAAUGACGCAAUAUACAAAGCUGUGUGUGAGUUGAAAGAUGAGGUCUUCCGGCUUGAUUUGAAGGUGAGCAGCGCAAAAGAGCUGUUACUGAAGGUACUCUCCACUUACCUUGGGAAGGGGACUAUGAAAGAAGUGUUGGAGAUACCUGAGACGAGCAAAGUUCAGCGCUCGCUUUCGUUCAACGGGGAGACCGAGAAGAAGGAUGACGUCGGUGUCGAGGAAAAGGAUGGUGAAGGGACGAAGGAUGACGUGGUUGUCGAGGAAAAGGAUGGUGAAGGGACGAAGGAUCAAUUGGAAGAGGAUGUUGAUGAUGUAGAGAGUGUCCCUUCACUUAAUCUAUCAGAAGAGAAGGUCGUUGUUCCAACUAAGGUGGUUGUUUCUGAUGAUUCGUUUGAGGUUAUGAACUUUUGGGGAGAAGAUCUCCCCGCUAUUGUAAAAGAGGAAGUUGAGCAGGCAGUGAAGGAUGAUUUUGAUGAUGCUGCGUUCGAAAGAUUCAAAGAAUCUGGAGGGAAGGUGAUUGGUCCGUUCACUGUGAAGAAGGGUUACUCAAAUCAACAGUACGAGUUGUUCCGUUACAUUUUCUCUAGCGCCAAUGAUCCGAGUGAAGUGUUAGCCCAUUUUGGGAAGGUUGAGGUCGAGCGGAUGUAUUUCAAAUGCAUGAAACCGGAGACCGAUAUAUCACACAGUCUCAUUGAUUGCUUUGCUCAAAUCAUGAAUUUUCGAGAGAAGAAGCGCAACGGCAUUGGAAGUAAGAGAACUUGGUUUAUGCCCACCAGAAUUUCGAGCAAGUUACUUGGAAGAUCGAUGACUGUGGAGAGGAUGGCGAAGCAGCAAGAGUGGUCCACUCUUUAUUACGAUGCAGAUUUGAGUUUAUGUCACACUAUGGUGGUACCCCUACUGGAUACCGAGAGUGCUCCGCACUGGUUUGCGGCGAAUGUGAGCAUGGUUAAUACAACAGUGGAAAUUAGGGACUCGUUGUCUUCUGCAAUGCAUAAGAGGUCACGUCGGAGCACCUGCGUAGAGAUGCUCCAGACUUUGGACCAAUUGUUUGCCCCUGUCAAGCCAGGAGACCUGAAUUUCAGCGAGUUUGUAAUUAUUUCUUCAAGCAAGGACUACCCACAACAACAAAAUGGCCACGAUUGUGGAAUGUUUGUAAUGAAGUACAUGGAAUCACUGUUCGAGGAAAAUGAAAUAUUGGAAGAGUUUGAUCCUAUUGAAGCGAGACUGGAUUGUGUUGGGAAAAUUGUCACCCACGAGAGUAACAAGGCUAAACAUGCUGUGAUGGAGGGAGUUAAGAAGCAAUUUGGAUUGAGCAAAACCAAAGUUCUUCCAUCAACAUCUACAACUAUAGCAUUACGUAGUCCAUCAAGGUCUCCUCGAGACCCCGAUUCCCGGCUUGUGCGAAGGCCAGGUCCGAAAACAUGUGGACUGGCAAGAGCAAGUCCCCGAAAACACGUCAUUCUAAAAGGCUGGCCAUAAGUAACAAGUAGUAUAUUACAAUGGUUAGAAAAGUUACUUUAUUUAUAUAUUUACUAUGUUCAGUACAAUGGUUACAAAAGUUAGGUUUUAGGUCGUAAAUUAUAUUUAGUCAGUCAUGUUAUAUACUUGCAUCAUACUACUGUUAGGUGAUUUGGAAUUGCACUAAUAUUGGUGAUUUUAUAAUUUACUAUAGGGUAAGACUUGUGGUAGUUUUUAGAAUUUGGUGGAACUGAUUAUUAUUAUUGUAUGGUCAUUAUUACUAUUAUUGUGAAUAUUAUUUAGGUUGUUAUACUUUGCCAUUACUAUUAGGUUUUGGAUUUUUUUUUA